AUGGGCUUCACUUCAGUCACUCGUGCCUUUAGCCUGGGAGCACUGCUUCUCCUGGGCUCAGACUUGAUCCCUCAAGUUCAUGGUCUUCCCAAGACCCCAUGGGCUCAACAAAGGGCCAAGGGACAUGGCAGAAAAGCGCUUAGCCAGUCUAUGAAUAAGCGUCAGUUCAGCAAUGGCACCGAACCAGCCGACUGCGUGGUUCACGACCCGCUCGACAUUGAUGCACCCAAGGAAAACAUUUGGAGUGGCUUGACGGGUCCCGAGGCUGCCGGUGUCACGGAAUGGCUCUUUGCACAAAAAGAGUUGAACCUCACCCUUAGUGACAACGCCACCUCUUGGGAUAACACAAUGAAUAGUGUCUUGGUGGAGCUUAUGCAACCAAACAAGUCGGACGCCCUGGCCUACAUCGAUGGCAGCAGCCCUGCUCCCGCGCGUUAUGCUCACGUCUUGCUUGACGUCCGCGCCACCGAGGAGCCUGAAUAUCAAGACAUACUCGUCGGCCCAUUGCCAGUCACCAACGCUACUACCAAGUGGGAGCGGCUAGAGUACCCUUACACUCGCAAGACUAGCGGUCGCUUGCGGAACCUGGAUGCCGACGACGACGCCAUGCAAGAUUGGCUUUACGACGUCAGCAAGAGCAUCGUAGACAUAACCAAAGACCUCUGGAACGCCACUGCUCUGGGACUCGACAACGACACUUUGGAGAUCUGGGGCAUUGACCCGUACUAUCAGGAUGACGGCCGCAUCCAGCGUUGGGACACGUUCUGGAGCAUACCCGACUCCAUCUUUGAUGUCGGCUCGAUGAUGCCCAUGGGGCUGUUCUUCAUGUCCGACGUCACCGGCCGCGAUCCCUCAAAGUGGGUACUGGAGGGAUGGUACUAUAAUGGUGUCUUCUACGAGACCACGGACGAGUUUCGCACUGCUUACUGGGGCGGCAACGUGGAGAAGCUCGGCGGCAACUUUGCUGGCGACUGGUCUGCUACCGACCAGCAGGGACAGGUUCUUCCUAUGGACACGAUGGCUCCUCCUACCGCUGUUGCACCCCAAGGUGCUAGAUACUCUGUCGACGCGGAGAGGAAGUAUGUUGAGUGGAUGGGCUGGUCAUUUUACGUGGGCUUCAAUAGAGAUACCGGCAUGGCUCUUUACGACAUCCGCUACAAGGGCCAGAGGAUCUUGUACGAGCUUGGGCUUCAGGAGGCGUUGGCUCACUAUGCUGGAAGCGAUCCCACCCAGUCUCAUGUAGCAUACCUCGACACCUACUACGGUUUCGGUCCGUUUGCCUUUGAGCUGCUCAAGGGCUACGAUUGCCCAUCCUAUGCCACCUAUCUCAACUCGUCGUUCUACGUCUCAGAGUCCACUCACACGCAUCUCAACAGCAUCUGCCUCUUUGAGUUCGACGCCGACUAUCCCAUGGCACGUCACUCGUCCCAAGAGUACGUGACGGCGACUAAGAAUGUCUACUUCACUAUUCGUUCCGUCUCAACCGUUGGCAAUUAUGACUACAUGUUCAGCUACAGCUUCUUCCUCGACGGCAGCGUCGCGGUCGAGGUCCGCGCCUCCGGCUACAUCCAGGCCGCAUUUUACGCCAAAAACGAAGGCUAUGGCUUCAAGAUCCAUGACCAGCUGUCCGGCAGCAUGCAUGACCACGUGGUCAACUUCAAGGCCGACUUUGACAUCUUGGGCACCGAAAACACGGUCCAGCGCAUGCACCAGGUCCCCACGACGCAAGUCUACCCCUGGUCCAAGGGUAAGGCGUUCAACACGAUGAAGGUGGAGCGGGAGUUUGUCGAGAACGAGGACCAGGGCCGAUUCGACUGGAGCUAUAACAACCAGGACCAGCUCUUCGUCCUCAACCAGGACGUCAAGAACAGACACGGCGAGUACCGCGCCUACCGCAUCCUGCCGUACACCGGCGCCGCGCAUCUGACCGUCAAAGAUUCCAACAUUCUCAAGAACUCGGCAAAGUGGGCUGGCAACGACAUCAUGGUGUCGAAGCGCAAGGACACGGAGCCGCGCAGCAGUCACCCGUACAACAACCAGGAUACCGAGAACCCGCCGGUCAACUUUGAUGCGUUCUUUGACGGCGAGAGCCUCAACCAGACUGAUCUCGUCGUGUGGCUCAACCUCGGCAUGCACCACGUUCCUCACACUGGUGACCUCCCCACCACCGUCUUCACCACAGCUCAUUCCGGAAUCCAGUUUAUGCCCGCCAACUACUUUGACAUUGGUCCCAACGUGGAGACGGUCAAUAUGGUCCGCAUCAACUACUCCAACGGCACCACGACAGACGUCUUCACCUUCAAUGCCGAAACGGACACGUGCGCUCUCGAUUAUGAGCCUACGCAAACAGACCUGUGGACGUACAAGGGAGAUGUGGUUGUUCGAAAAUUCCCCUACCUGCCGGAUGAUCCUUACUAUGAGACGGAUAGCAUCUAA